GCGUCCCUUCUCUGCUCUCCCGAGUUCUUCACGUUCGUCUCGCUAUAGCACGUGGCUACCUAGCCAUCGUAGAGGUAAACUUUGUCCUUGUGAUUGGGAAAUCGGCGAGGUGACCGGAUUAAACGUGGGGGAGAUUUAAAAGGGAAGCGGCGUUGAAGAUUCAUCCCUGCACCAGUCAAAGACCAAGCGUUGGUUUGAUCACAUCAUUAUCCAUUAUGGAUGACAAUUUGUAUGAUGAGUUUGGUAAUUACAUAGGUCCGGAGUUGGAGUCUGAAGAAGAGGAGGACGAGCAAGAGAGAGAAGAAGAAGAUGGGAGGCCAGUAGAGGAUGACGAUGCAUGGAUGGACGAGGCCGAGGCUGCAGCUCGAGAUAAAAUCGCGGAGGAUGUGGGGACCACAGCAGUGGUACUUGCGGAAGACAGGAAGUACUACCCAACUGCAAUGGAGGUUUAUGGAGAGGACAUUGAGACCCUUGUGAUGGACGAGGACGCACAGCCGCUGGAAGUUCCAAUUAUCAAGCCAGUCAAGAUAAGACAAUUUGAAAUUGCAAAGAGAGACAUAGUCAAGACUUAUGUCUCGACCGACUUCUUGUUGGGGUUGAUGAAAAACGCUCAGCUGGUGCGUAACUUGGCUCUGGUUGGUCAUCUUCAUCAUGGGAAGACGUUGUUUAUGGACAUGCUUGUUGAGCAGACACACGAAAUCUCGACGAUGGACGGUACGAAUGAGCGGCAUUUGCGGUUUACCGACACUCGAAUUGAUGAGCAGGAGCGUGGGAUCAGCAUCAAGGCUAUGCCAAUGUCCCUGGUUAUGGAGGACAGCUCUGGCAAAUCCCAUUUGAUCAACAUAUUAGACACACCGGGUCAUGUGAACUUCUCAGAUGAGAUGACUGCUGCUCUACGACUGGCGGAUGGCGCCAUUCUACUUGUAGAUGCAGUGGAAGGUGUGAUGGUGAAUACUGAGCGGGCAAUCAAGCAUGCAUUGCAAGAGGGUCUCCCAAUCUGCAUUGUUAUCAACAAGGUUGACAGGCUGAUCACAGAGCUGAAGCUUCCUCCGGCGGAUGCCUACCACAAGCUCAGACACACAUUAGAGGAGUUGAACAACCUGAUGGCACUGUAUGCGACUGGUCCAGACCCCCCUCAGGUCGAUCCUGUGAUUGGAAAUGUUUGUUUUGCAAGUGCCACUGCUGGUUGGUCAUUUACACUUCAGUCUUUUGCGAAACUGUAUUCGGAUCUUCAUGGUGUGGCGUUGGACGAACAAGCAUUUGCUUCCAAGCUCUGGGGAGACUGCUAUUUUCAUCCUGAGACAAGAACUUUUAAAAGAAAGGCUUCUGCUAAGGGCGGUGAGCGCUCGUUUGUUCAGUUUAUCCUUGAGCCACUUUAUAAGUUGUACAGUCAGAUUAUUGGAGAGCAUAGGAGAAGUGUGGAGAUCACAUUAGCAGAGCUGGGUGUUCAUCUCAAACCAUCUGCAUACAAGCUGAAUGUGAAACCGCUUCUCAAGCUGGCCUGCAGCAGUGUGUUCGGAACCGCAACAGGUUUUACGGACAUGUUGGUUAAGCACAUACCAUCUGCAAAACAAGCAGCUUCCUCCAAGGUUGAGCAUAUAUAUACAGGUCCACAAGACUCAGGAUUGGCAGAGUCGAUGAAGAACUGCGACCCUGAUGGACCACUCAUGGUUAAUGUGACCAAGUUGUUUCCGAAGUCGGAUUGCAGCGCAUUUGACGCGUUUGGAAGAAUUUACAGCGGGACUCUGCAGGUUGGCCAGAGUGUUCGUGUGCUAGGAGAGGGUUAUUCUCCAGAUGAUGAAGAGGAUAUGGCGGUCAAGGAAGUGACAAAUCUUUGGGUUUAUCAAGCAAGGUAUUCUCUCCCUAUCGGCAAGGCACAUGCUGGAUGCUGGGUGCUUAUUGAGGGUGUGGAUGCAUCGAUUACAAAGACGGCAACGCUCUGUCCACGCUUCUAUGACGAUGAGGUGUACAUAUUCCGACCACUUAAGUUCAACACUGUUUCGGUGGUAAAAACAGCAGUUGAGCCGCUGAAUCCCUCGGAGCUGCCGAAGAUGGUGGAAGGAUUGCGCAAGAUCAACAAAAGCUACCCAUUAGCUCUCACCAAGGUAGAAGAAUCGGGAGAGCACACUAUCCUAGGGACCGGAGAAAUAUUCUUGGACAGCAUCAUGAAGGACCUGAGGGAGCUGUACUCAGAGGUCGAGGUUAAGGGGCCAAACAUCCUUGUAGAUGACACUUUGGCGCCAGAAGUGGACAAGGGUUUACUGGAUGCUCUGAAGGACUAUAUUGUUCAAGGGUUUCAGUGGGGUGCACGCGAAGGGCCUCUUUGCGAUGAGCCGAUUCGAAACGUUCGUUUCAAGAUUCUCGCUGCAACAAUUGCUCCUGAGCCUUUGCACAGGGGUGGUGGUCAGAUCAUCCCAACGGCACGACGGGUUGCAUACUCUGCAUUUCUGAUGGCUACUCCUCGCUUGAUGGAGCCUGUAUAUUAUGUAGAGAUUCAAACACCUGCUGACUGCAUGUCAGCCAUUCACAACGUUCUCUCGAGGCGACGAGGUCAUGCGACGGCGGAGGUUCCUAAGCCGGGAACACCAUUCUACAUUGUGAAGGCCUUUCUUCCUGUGAUAGAGUCAUUCGGGUUCGAGACAGAUCUGAGGUAUCAUACUCAGGGCCAGGCUUUUUGCAUGUCAGUGUUUGAUCAUUGGUCCGUCGUACCCGGAGAUCCCCUCGACAAAUCCAUUGUCCUUCGGCCUCUGGAACCAGCGCCACCUCAGCAUCUUGCACGAGAAUUCAUGGUGAAGACGAGGAGGAGAAAGGGUAUGAGUGAAGAUGUGAGCAUCAACAAGUUCUUCGACGACCCUAUGCUUCUUGAACUGGCCCGUCAAGAUGCAGUUCUACAAGCAAUCCUCUGACGAUCUAUCAUCAUCAGUUUUUCGGCGAAACGGAUCCCAAUCCGACCCGGAUGGAUAGGGGGAUCGGGAGGAGAAGCAUUCUGUGGCCGUUGUCUUCAACUUCUGUACAGGUUCCAGUCCAAUUGUUUUUGGGCCCGUUGAUUUUCGGCGAAUGAUGGGGGGGCCUCAAAUGAUCCGAGUAAUCUGGAUGCUUCGUUGUCUUUGAUAAUUGUGACAGUCCUCUUAUGGUGAUUCGGGUGGCCAAAUGAUGAUGCUAUGUCUCCUAGGUGCAGUUAGAGAGAUCCUACCGAGGGCGAUGUUUCUACCAAGCGCUGCGAGCAGGUUUCGCCACCCUGUCAUUCCUGCGGUAGGGCGAAACCCUAGUCUCUCCUGGUGUUGCGUUGCCUGUCCCGACCAUCCAUCGGCUUCUCCCCUCCGCCCCCCUCCUCUUCUCGCUCUUUUCAUUUUAUUAUCCUUUGCCUCUUUCUUCUUGGGUUCCUUUCAAUCAUCUACUUGUACCUACUCGAACUUAUUCCCGUCUUCUCUUCCUCGACACAAGGACAAGCAUGCAUCUUCACCGUUCUCCCAUCCCUUGUCCACCGCCGCCACCAUCCCACUGUUGUCCAAGCAGUGGUGCUUUCUCAGCGAACGAGGGAGAAAAGGAAACCACCCAAACUGGGAGGAACAUCCAUUUCCAUUGUCGCGUUCUCUGUCAGAUUCCAGCCCGGUCAGAUGCGGUGGAAUGAUGCAGCUUGAUUUGGCCCUCCUGGACAUUGCUGAUAGGUAGUGAAGGUUUAAUUUCGGUCCCCUCUCCUCUUUGCUGAUUCGGGCCAAAGAGGGUAUUUCUUGUAGAAACUAGAAAAUUUUGCGGAAAAGCACGGUGUU